UCUGUCAGCUUCUUUCCCUCUCCCCUUCUCCUUCUCUUCCUCUCGCUUCCUCUUUCGCACCUGAGCACCCGCACCUGGCCGGGCCCGAAUCCCUUUCCCUCCUCCCCUCUUCCCCCUCCCUUUUUCCCCGCCCCGACCGGAAGGCUCCGGCCUCGGCCGCGGGAGCCUCGCGGCUGCGUCACCGCCGCCCCCCCAGACAAGAUGGACACCGCGGAGGAAGACAUAUGUAGAGUGUGUCGGUCAGAAGGAACACCUGAGAAACCUCUUUAUCAUCCUUGUGUAUGUACUGGCAGUAUUAAGUUUAUCCAUCAAGAAUGCUUAGUUCAGUGGCUGAAACACAGUCGAAAAGAAUACUGUGAAUUAUGCAAACACAGAUUUGCUUUCACACCAAUUUAUUCCCCAGAUAUGCCUUCACGGCUUCCAAUCCAAGACAUUUUUGCUGGACUGGUUACGAGUAUUGGCACUGCAAUACGAUACUGGUUUCAUUAUACACUUGUGGCCUUUGCAUGGUUAGGAGUUGUUCCUCUAACAGCAUGCCGCAUCUAUAAGUGCUUGUUUACUGGCUCUGUGAGCUCACUACUGACACUGCCACUGGACAUGCUGUCCACGGAAAAUUUAUUGGCAGAUUGUUUGCAGGGUUGUUUUGUAGUGACGUGCACACUUUGUGCAUUCAUCAGUCUGGUGUGGUUGCGAGAACAGAUAGUCCACGGGGGAGCACCGAUUUGGUUGGAACAUGCUGCUCCACCCUUCAAUGCCGCUGGGCACCACCAGAAUGAGGCUCCCGCAGGAGGAAAUGGUGCUGAAAAUGUUGCCCCUGAGCAGCCUGCUAAUCCACCAGCUGAAAAUGCAGUGGUAGGGGAAAACCCAGAUGCUCAGGACGACCAGGCGGAAGAAGAGGAGGAAGACAAUGAGGAGGAAGAUGAUGCAGGCAUUGAAGAUGCAGCAGAUGCUAAUAAUGGGGCCCAGGAUGAUAUGAACUGGAAUGCCUUGGAAUGGGACCGCGCUGCAGAAGAGCUUACAUGGGAAAGAAUGCUAGGACUUGAUGGAUCACUAGUUUUUCUAGAACAUGUCUUCUGGGUGGUGUCUUUAAAUACACUGUUCAUUCUUGUUUUUGCUUUUUGCCCUUAUCACAUUGGUCAUUUCUCCCUUGUUGGUUUGGGAUUUGAGGAACAUGUUCAAGCAUCUCAUUUUGAAGGCCUAAUCACAACCAUAGUUGGGUAUAUACUUUUAGCAAUAACACUGAUAAUUUGUCACGGCUUGGCAACUCUUGUUAAAUUUCAUAGGUCUUGCCGCUUACUGGGAGUCUGCUAUAUUGUUGUUAAGGUAUCUUUGUUAGUGGUGGUAGAAAUUGGAGUGUUCCCUCUCAUUUGCGGCUGGUGGCUGGAUAUUUGUUCCCUGGAAAUGUUUGAUGCUACUCUGAAGGAUCGAGAACUGAGCUUUCAGUCAGCUCCAGGUACUACCAUGUUUCUGCAUUGGCUAGUGGGAAUGGUCUAUGUGUUCUACUUUGCCUCCUUCAUUUUGCUCCUGAGAGAGGUACUGCGACCUGGUGUCCUGUGGUUUCUAAGGAAUUUGAAUGAUCCAGAUUUUAAUCCAGUACAGGAAAUGAUCCACUUGCCCAUUUAUAGGCAUCUUCGAAGAUUUAUUUUGUCAGUGAUUGUCUUUGGUUCCAUUGUUCUCCUUAUGCUUUGGCUUCCUAUACGUAUAAUUAAGAGUCUGCUCCCUAAUUUUCUUCCAUAUAAUGUCAUGCUCUACAGUGAUGCUCCAGUGAGUGAACUGUCCCUUGAGCUGCUUCUGCUCCAGGUUGUCUUGCCCGCAUUACUUGAACAGGGACACACAAGACAGUGGCUGAAGGGGCUUGUGCGAGCAUGGACUGUUACCGCUGGAUACUUACUGGAUCUUCAUUCCUAUUUAUUGGGAGACCAGGAAGAAAAUGAGAACAGUGCAAACCAACAAAUUAAUAAUAACCAGCAUGCUCGAAAUAACAAUGCUAUUCCAGUGGUGGGGGAAGGCCUUCAUGCAGCCCACCAAGCCAUACUCCAACAGGGAGGACCUGUCGGUUUUCAGCCUUACCGCCGGCCUUUAAAUUUUCCACUCAGGAUAUUUCUGUUGAUUGUCUUCAUGUGUAUAACCUUACUGAUUGCCAGCCUCAUCUGCCUUACUUUACCAGUAUUUGCUGGCCGUUGGUUAAUGUCAUUUUGGACGGGGACUGCCAAAAUCCACGAGCUGUACACAGCUGCUUGUGGCCUCUAUGUCUGCUGGCUGACUGUAAGGGCGGUGACAGUGCUGGUGGCAUGGAUGCCCCAGGGACGCAGAGUGAUAUUCCAGAAGGUUAAAGAGUGGUCGCUCAUGAUAAUGAAAACAUUGAUCGUUGCGGUGCUGCUGGCUGGAGUUGUGCCACUCCUCCUGGGGCUUCUGUUUGAGUUGGUUAUUGUUGCUCCGCUGAGAGUUCCCUUGGAUCAGACACCUCUUUUUUACCCAUGGCAGGAUUGGGCACUUGGAGUCCUGCACGCCAAAAUCAUUGCAGCUAUAACACUGAUGGGGCCUCAGUGGUGGUUGAAAACAGUGAUUGAGCAGGUUUACGCAAAUGGUAUCCGGAAUAUUGACCUUCACUAUAUCAUUCGUAAAUUGGCAGCUCCAGUGAUCUCUGUGCUCUUGCUUUCCCUGUGUGUACCUUAUGUCAUAGCGUCGGGUGUUGUCCCUUUAUUGGGUGUUACUGCGGAAAUGCAAAACUUGGUCCACCGGCGGAUUUAUCCAUUCUUACUGAUGGUCGUGGUCUUGAUGGGCAUCUUGUCCUUCCAGGUCCGCCAAUUUAAGCGCCUUUAUGAACAUAUUAAAAAUGACAAAUACCUUGUGGGACAGCGCCUUGUGAACUACGAACGGAAGUCUGGCAAACAAGGCACAUCUCCGCCACCUCCACAGUCAUCCCAAGAAUAAAGUGGUUGUCUCAAGUACCUUGACCUUCCCUUUGCCUUUACGUGUCCUUUUUUGUGGACUUCUCUCUUUGGAGAUUUUCCCUGGUGAUCUCUCAGCAUUGUUUUUAAGUUAAAUGUAUUGACUUGUGUUCUCGGCCUUCAGAGAGAAGCAGGUCAGGACUCCACUGCUCUCCCUGCAUCCUCCGACGUCUCUGCUGUCUGAGAUUUGUAUAUGUGUAAAUAGAAGUUCCCCGAUUCCCUGAAUCCUCGGAUUAAACAGAAUGUGCAUUGUACAUCUUUAAACAAAAUGUAUAUUAAUUUAUUAAAUCUAGUUGUCACUUUAUUUUGGACCUGCUGUGAUCUUGACAGGAAACGUGCCACAGAGCAAUAGUGCAGAGGCAAAACUUUUUAAUGGCGUUUUUCUGGAGCUCAGUUUAAUGGUGUUCCUAGCAGUUAUUAUGAAGUAAACUGUACAUUCUGUCUUUUUGGCUGUUCAGACUUUACCAAGAACGUAAAAGGAAACAAGUAUAAAUCAUCAGUGGAAUGUCUGUGGUAAGAAAAUAUGAACUUUGUGCUUCACUGUUAGUCGUUUUUGGAAGUUAUUUUGUAUAACACCAAAGCUGUUGUACAUUUUCUACUGCCUGAUUUUUCCCCCAUGUGUCUGUAUUUGUAAUAUUGUAUAGUAUCUUGUGUUAGAUGAAAUUAUUUUUAAUUUUGGUAAUUUAAUAUUCCUGGUGGUCAGCAUUGGGAGUUGGGUUUUUGUGCUUGUUAGAGGCAUAUCUAUACUUAGAAGUCAAAAUGAAGAUUUUCAUUGCCCACCCCUCCAUUCCCCCACAAUCUUUUUUUCUCCUUUUUGGCAGCAGUGGCCAAAAGUUACACAAGAGAGAUCAUAAAUCUUAGAGAUAACAUUACCAACAAUACUGCAUCUUACUGGGAUUAUUAGUACAUUGUGAGAUGUUUGCUAAGUGGAGAGUGGUUUUUGGCCUUAGAUUGACAACAUUAGAGGAGACUGGUUCACACUCCUUGUCCUGCUGGUUAGUGCAUCGAGGCCUAGGGAGAACAUCUCUCCUGGUUUUCCAUCAGGAAAUCCCGACAUUUCCAAAGCUUUUUGUUUACAGAAUAAAGCCACAAAUAAAACCAACUUGAUUUUAUUUGUCCGGAAGGAAACUGGCUGAGCUGGCCUUUAACAUAGGAGCGGAAAUGUAUUCAUUGGAAACAUGCUGUGAAAGCUCAGAGAACUGAACAUUUACAAACUUAGUUUUUCCUCAUAACCAAAACUUCAAGUUAGAAGUUUAGAGAACUAGUGAGCACGGCUGCACCCAUGAACCAAGUAGUUAAUGGUGAUGGAAUAUUGUAAGGGUAGCACACUUGUUUUUGAGUAGUAACCUUGAGGUUUUCAUAGAAAGUGGAUAGCGUAGGCCUUGAGAAACUAUAAAACAAUUUCCAUAUAGUAUUACAAUCCAUAGACUAAACUCUGAGGAUUGUUUUUAUAUGAAAGUCAGCCAAACAUAAGCCACCCAAAUCAAGGGCAACAUGUUCUGGUUGUUUUUAUAUUUCAACAAUUUUUUCUGUAAGUGGUAAGCAACUAUUUUACUCUAAAAUAUAUUUUAAAAUAUCAGUAUCAAAAAGAGAAAAAAAUCUCAACAUAGGAUUCAGUGUUAUAUACUGUUUGGCACUUUGUAGUAGCCCAAUCUCUUGUAUUUGAAAUAAGGAAUUUGCUAGCCCUACCUUUACUCAGAUAUUUGGUCCUACUGUAAAAAAUUAGCAGCAUUUAAAAAUGUAAUAGCCGUUGUCAUGGUAUUUCUCUAUAUAGGUUGUUUUCUUUGGGAGAAAACUGUUAUUGAAUUGAGCACGUAACUUGAUUAUUAAUUUAGGUUUCUUUUUAAAAUUUUCAAAGCAUUUGUAAAUCUUGAUAUAAACUCGUUGGAACACUUGAUCUGUUUUAACAGUAAGAGAUCUAGGCAGACACCACAAGAAAUUGAAGAUUGUUAUUCUACAAAAUUUUUAAUGAAUCUUAUCAAGAUAUAUUUCUUUAAAAAAAAAAAAAAACCAUGAAUGGCUGAAAAAUUAUCCUCCAUUUCAAAAACUGGCAGGUAAUUUUAUAUUGUCUUACUUAAGAAUUUCUCCCAGUUUUUUCAGUUGUGCUUUGUCCUGUUGUUUUCAAGAGAUAAUUUCAUUAGGAAAACAUUUGCUGGUGAAAUAUUUAUUACUUGGGGGAGCAUUGAGAUUUUUAUUAACCAAUAGUCUCAUAAAUGUUUAAAACCCAUAGUUCAAAGAAUGCUAGUAUUACUGCUCUUCUCCAUGUAGAAUUUAUUUUUUUAAUCAUGGUGCAAUCUUGCUUCAUUUUACAUUGGGCUAAAACAGUCUUCAAGGAAGUUUAGGAAAGAAGACCGUUUUGCUUUAUUUUUACUGCAUUUUGUAAAUUGAAGACAAAUCAACAUUUGAUACCAGUUUUACACGACCAGUCAUCAAAUGGUCAGAUAUGAGGGUAUGCAGUUGUUCGUUAUUAGCAAAUUAUGUUUGAUUUUUGAACUAUGAAGUACUAAUAGUUGAGAUGAAAACUGAAAAAAAAUGCCAAUGUGAAGUUUGUGUAUAGCUAGCCUAAAAGUAGCUUCAUGUUUUUAGGUAUUUUUUUUUCCUGUUAGGUCUCUAGAGGAACAGUGGAGGUUGGAAAUCUCAAUUCCAAAUGUAAACAAAAAGUCAUUUUUAUUUCAGCAUUUAAUAUAACUGUUAUUACUGUGGA